CGGGUUGGCAUCAGUGCCGGGUUGGCAUCGUUUCUCUCGAGCGUCGUCGGUGUGUGCGUCCAUCGCCCAUUCUCACCAUGAGCUCAGCGUCGGCCGCGCAGCAGCAGCAGGAGGUGCCCCGCCAAGGCAUAGUGUCGGCCAAAGACUAUGAGGCUCGUCUGAAGGUACGUGCCGACAAUUGCACCAUGGAAAUGGCACAGAUCGGUCCAUCCAUCCAUCCAUCCAUCCAUGCCGUGCUGGAUCUUGUGCUGUGGGCAGGAGGUGCUGCAGGAGGUCAAGAAGGCCAGCCGCCCGAACGAGCCGGAGUUCAUUGAUCUCUUUGGCAUCUACGAGCCCGAAUCCAUGGAGGAGAAAAUCGCUGACGAGCCCGAGAAGCACGAGCAGAAGAUGAAGGUAUGAGCUCGGCAGAUCUGCACUUCCUCUGGAUGGAUGGAUGGAUGGGUGGACGGAUGGACGGAUGGAUGGAUGGAUUGGACGGGUUGUGCUUGUAGGAGGUGGUCUCAUCCCUAUCUGAGCACUACCGCCGGCAGGGUGAGUGACGUCGGCAUCUGACGCUCACUUCUCUGCAUACGCGGGGAUGGGUCAGGCUGGCGUGACUUCGAGAAGUGCAAGACGGGCCCCGUCGAAUUCAUUGCCUGCGAGGGCUUCCUGCUCACACUCGCCAUCAAAGCUAAGGACCCGGUCGGUUGAUAGCGACAGACACCACAACACAAAGGCCGCACAACACCUCUGGUGCGUAUUCAUGGGUUUAGACAAAGGGCAUCACCUGGGGUGAGUUUCUAGAAGAAAUGAGCGCCUACGAGGGGGGCGCCAUUUGCUGGCGGGUAGGCGAGAUAGACGAGGAUGAGUGCGAGUAAGCGACGGACGGGCGCAAAGACACAACGAGGGGAGCGUCGUUAUGUCCUCUGGUGAUGACACACAGGUUCCUGCGAGGGGGCAAGCGCGACUCAUGCGGCCGAUACAGACUCCAAUACGACAUCUGAACACCGAACACAAGACAGAAUGUGUGCACAGACAGAGAGCGGCUACCGUAGAAGCGCAGCAGAAUCGCGUUUGGUUUGUUGACGGACCCAUUAGUUUAUUCAUUUCAUGCAUGUCUGCGCAGGCGUGUGUGUGUGUGCAUUGUGCGAUGCUGCUUAGGACGGCCUGACAAUUCGUG